CGCCCGGCUCCUCCGGAGACUGCGCGUGCGCGGCGGCCAUUCCUGCGCGCCAUGGCCGAGGCGGACGCAAACCUGUUGCGCCACUUCCCGCUGUUUCUUCCUCAGAACCGGGAGAAAACUGUGUAUGAGGGAUUCAUUUCGGCUCAGGGCAGUGACUUCCACCUCAAAAUAGUGCUGCCUAAAGACCUGCAACUGAAGAAGGCAAGAUUACUGUGUAGCUGGCAGCUGAAAAACAUACUUAAUGAAUAUCAUCAAAUAGUCCAACAGAGAAUGAAGCACUCUCCUGAUCUAAUGAGCUUCAUGAUGGAGUUGAAGAUGAUUUUGGAAGCUGCUUUAAAGAAUAGACAAGAGCUGUGUGUCCAGCCACCUUCUCACAGUUUCUGCACAGACCUUCUCAAUGAGAUAGGAGCUGUUGGUUGGGAUAAACUUGUGUGUGUGGAUCCUUCCUUCAGUACGAUCAAGUUAAAAGCAGACGAUGCUUCUGGUAGAAAGCACCUAAUCACUGUCAAGCUGAAGGCGAAGUACCCUGUGGAGCCACCAGAUUGUGUUGUGGACUUCCCUGUUCCGUUUUCUGUUUCCUGGACACCACAGAGCUCCUUGGUGAACGUGUAUAGUCAGUUCGUGGCGGCCUUGGAGACGCUGAAGACAUUCUGGGAUGCUAUGGAUGAAAUUGAUGAGAAGACCUGGGUGCUGGAACCAGAGAAGCCUCCGCGGAGUGCUACAGCACGCAGGAUUGUAUUAGGGACUAACGUGUCCGUAAACAUAGAGGUCGACCCCAGGCACCCUGCCAUGCUUCCCGAGGUUUGCUUCCUGGGACCUGACCAUGUGAUAAAACCCCUAGGAAUCAAGCUGAGUGGGAAUAUACAUUUAUGGGAUCCAGAAAAUAGUCUGUUACAAAAUUUGAAAGACGUUUUAGAAAUUGAUUUUCCAGCUCGUACUAUCUUGGAAGAAUCUGACUUUAGCAUGGACUGUGGGAUCUGUUACGCCCGACACCUUAAUGGGUCCAUUCCUGACCAAGUAUGUGAUAAUCCCCAAUGUGGACAGCCUUUUCAUCAAAUGUGCUUAUAUGAGUGGCUGAGAGGGCUGAGCACCAGCAGGCAGAGCUUUAACGUCUUGUUUGGUGAAUGUCCCUAUUGUAGUAAGCCAAUUACCUUAAAAAUGUCUGGAAGAAAACCAUGA